AUGAAUAAACCAUGCACAAUUAAAUGCGGUCUCGAGGAAGAUGUAGCAGCCAACAAAUCUACUGUGCCAAACACACCUAAUCUGAAAGGAGAUUGGUCAAACUUCAACUUGUUGUUAUUGCUUUACGUUCUGCAAGGAUUUCCAAUAGGCUUAUCUAGUAGUCUUCCAAUCAUUUUACAGAGUAGAAAAAUGGUGACUUAUGAAGAACAGGCUUUAUUUAGUAUUGUGCUUUGGCCUUAUACAUUGAAAGUUUUAUUUGCCCCAUUAGUAGACUCAUUAUACGUACAACGGAUUGGAAGAAGAAAAUCUUGGUUAUUACCUCUUCAAUAUUUAGUAGGGAUAAUUUUGAUGUAUACGGCAAACAACAUCGAUGAUUGGUUACCCAAAACAGGGAAACCAAACCUCACGAUGAUCGUAUGUGUGAUACUUGCUAUCAAUGUCCUGUCCGCAAUUCAAGAUAUUGUCGUUGAUGGUUGGUCUUUAACUAUGUUAAAAAAAAAUAACGUGGGUUAUGCUUCUACUUGCAAUGCUACUGGAUUACCAAUUGGAAUGUUAAUUGGUACAGUUUGUCCAAUUUUGCUGGUAUCUGAGGACUUCAACAAUAAAUAUUUUCGAGUUAUGCCUACCACGGGUGGUUUAAUGACAUUGCAAACUUUUAUAUAUUUGUGGAGCAUUAUAUUUUUAUUGAUAACUACAUUAAUUGGUAUAUUUAAAAAAGAGAAAAAUGAUAAAUUAGAAUUAGACCACGUAAAGAUCAGCGUUUUUCAAAAUUAUAAACUGUUAUGGGACAUUUUAAAGAAGCCUAAAAUAAAACUAUUAGCAAUAGCAUUGCUGACAGCAAGGUUUGGAUUUUCUGGAACGGACGCUGCAUCAAAUUUGAAAUUAAUCGAUGCCGGGAUAUCUAAAGACGACAUUAUGAUAACAGUAACCGGCAUGUAUGCUGUAAAAUUUAUCAUGCCGAUUUUCGUAUCCAAAUACAUUUCUGGUCCUAAACCGAUGGAUUUUUAUCUGACAAUGACACCAAUCAGAUUGAUUUGGAGUAUUACGUACAUGGUAUUGAUUUACUAUACACCGAGCUUAAUAAAUAAUAAUGGAGAUAUAAAAGUACCGAUUUAUUAUUAUUUCUCAUUAGCAUCAAUUUUUGCAGUGAAUGAGAUGCUGAGUUCUUUCAUGUUAUUAGCGUUAUACGCUUUCUUCUGUCGAUCAAGCGAUCCACGUUUUGGAGGCACGUACAUGGCGUUAUAUAAUACAUUUUACUUUCUGGGAUGGUUAAUACCCAAUACUUUGGUUCUAAAAAUGAUCGCCCUUCUAACUUUUAGUACAUGCUCAAACGACAUCCGAAACAGCUGUCUUACGCCAGAUUUAAAAAGUGUAUGUGCUGUAAAUGGCGGAAGUUGUCAAGUUUUCGUGGACGGCUACUAUAUGACAGUUAUCAUUUGUAUGGUCAUUGGAUUCGUCUGGUACUUUUUAUAUAGAAAUAAACUUAGAAAUUACAAACCAAUGAGCACCUCAGAAUGGUCAAUAAAUGUGUCAUAA